AUGCCUUUUGGAGCAGACGUUGUGCAGUCCUGUACUUAUGACAGAGCAAGCUUCCCUUCCAGCCUCAAAACAGAAUAACACGCCAGAUUGAAAUGGAUGAUUUGUAGGCAGAUGAUUUUACAUCUCAAAAGUAGUACGAAAACUUGACACGUUUUUUUCCCGUUCUCCGGCUCACAGCCACACAGUUAGUAUUGGAUUUACAGGGUGACCGUGUGUGUGUGUGAUUGAAUCCAUAAAGACCUGGCAGUGUCUCUGUGUUUGACACACACAGGACUGGCUGGGAUUUCCUCUAGCGGCCGCCUGUCUGUCACAGCACUGAGGAUUUGUUCUUGUUGUGCUUUAGAGACAGGAAGUGAUUCAAUUGAAGACGUUGCAGAUAUAUAUCCUGUAUAGACCUGACAUGGUUCUCUAUUCUAAUCUACAUAACAGAGAAGCAAAACAACUAAAUUCUCCAGGGGAACUAGUAGAUGAGAGGAGAACGUUAUUGUCCCUUAGGUUCUCACAAUUUGUCUCUGGCUUAAAAGGGUAAAACGGACAUAAAAAAGACAUUUAAGGUUACAGGUUACUAACUCCCUCCCUCUGUCUCUCUGUCCCCAGGAGGUACAGGAGGAGGCCACAGCCAGGGUCCUGCAGCUGGAGGAUGACCUGAUGGGAGUCACCCAGAAGGGCCUGCAGAAAGAGACGGAGCUGGACAGCCUGAAGGACAGAGUGAAGAAGCUGACUCUGGAGAAGGAUGGCAUGGAGUCACACCUGAAGGAUGAGAAGGAUGAGAAGGAACUCUACAAGGUCACACACACACACACACACACACACACACACACACACACAUACCUACGUUGCGCACACUGCUCCUGUACUAUGAGUCAUGUGACUGUAGCUGUGAAGGAUCAUACCUAGGGUUGCAAGAUUCCGGUACUUUCCCAAAAUUCCCAGGAUUCAAGAUUUCCUGCAACCGGGAUUUAUGAAAAACCUGGGAAUCUUGGGAAAAUGUAUGGAAUCAUACCAGAGAUGUCUUUUAGACUAUAGUCAAAAGUUAAUCUGACCACUUCUCUCAGUCUAGUUAAUCUGACCACCUCUGUCAGUCCAGUUAAUCUGACCACUUCUCUCAAUCCAGUUAAUCUGACCACUUCUCUCAGUCCAGUUAAUCUGACCAUUUCUCUCAGUCCAGUUAAUCUGACCACUUUUCUCAGUCCAGUUAAUCUGACCACUUCUCUCAGUCCAGUUAAUCUGACCACUUUUCUCAGUCCAGUUAAUCUGACCACUUCUCUCAGUCCAGUUAAUCUGACCACUUUUCUCAGUCCAGUUAAUCUGACCACUUUUCUCAGUCCAGUUAAUCUGACCACUUUUCUCAGUCCAGUUAAUCUGACCACUUCUCUCAAUCCAGUUAAUCUGACCACUUCUCUCAGUCCAGUUAAUCUGACCACUUCUCUCAAUCCAGUUAAUCUGACCACUUCUCUCAGUCCAGUUAAUCUGACCACUUCUCUCAGUCCAGUUAAUCUGACCACUUUUCUCAGUCCAGUUAAUCUGACCACUUUUCUCAGUCCAGUUAAUCUGACCACUUCUCUCAAUCCAGUUAAUCUGACCACUUCUCUCAGUCCAGUUAAUCUGACCACUUCUCUCAAUCCAGUUAAUCUGACCACUUCUCUCAGUCCAGUUAAUCUGACCACUUCUCUCAGUCCAGUUAAUCUGACCACUUCUCUCAAUCCAGUUAAUCUGACCACUUCUCUCAGUCCAGUUAAUCUGACCACUUUUCUCAAUCCAGUUAAUAUGACCACUUCUCUCAAUCCAGUUAAUCCCACUAGUGUGUGUAGCUGCUGUUUCCCUGCUCAGUGGGAUCCCACAGUGUUGUGGCUGAACAGGAUAUGGUCUGUUCCGGCCCUCUUCCGCCUGGUUCUCGCCUGCCGUUUCUGGGGAGCUUUGUAGUGGUGGUGACUGGUGGGUACAGCUCAGGAACUAGGAGUGGUACGCACGCACACUGUCGCCACGGAAGCACAAGUGAAAGCCGCACCUCGUUUAGCCGGCCGCGUCGCUGAGGCUGUGUCCCAAUUGGCACCCUAUUCCCUAUAUAGUGUACUACUUUUGAUCAGAGCCCUAUGACCCCUGGUCAAAAGUAGUGCGCUACAGAGGGUUUAGGGUGCCAUUUUGGUGGGACUGCAGGGUAGUUUAACGAGCCCACCUCAAUCUCUGUGUUGUAAUUAAGGUUAUUCUGCAUUAUUUUAGGAGCUGGCUACAUCUUGCUGAAGGAUGAUGAUUAAUGUAGUCAGAGGGGUGUCACUGGAACACCAGGCAGAAACAUAGCUACACUUUCUAAUGAUUCAUUUGUUAUACGAACCCCCUACAUCGUCCAUCUUUCUGUGACCUUUGAAAUGUUAGAAUCCUUUUUGAUUGUAAUGUGAUUUUGCCAUUCAAAAAAAGUAUUUAAAAUAUUUGUUUGCGGUUCUAGAUCCACCUGAAGAACCGUGAGCUGGAGAACACUAAGCUGAGUGCAGAGCUGCAGAUGCUGAAGGCUGUGGGUGUAAACAAGGAGAACACCAUUGCUCAGUUCAAAGAGGAGGUGGGACGCCUCCGCUCCUGCCUCACUGAGAAGGAGAAACAACACAAGGAGUUCCUGGCCAAGGCCUCCCCCUUGGUAAGAAUCAGAAUAUUAUCAUGGCUACCUCCUAGAUCCCUACUUUGGACCAGUGCAUUAUAUAGGUGGUAGGGAAUAUGGGCCGCACACCAUAAUAUUCAGACCCCACACCUACAAGAGACUAAAGUCUGGAAGCAACACCGUCAAAGCCGCAGAGCAGCGCCCAUGGAGUGGUCCUUGCUCAAAGGCACAACGGCAGUGGGCAGACCUGGGAUUCGAACUCACAACAAAUGUUAAUUCAGAGUGCAUGAUUUGUUCAUCCAUACCUGUGUGUAUGUGAGAGAGAGAUGUACUGACCGUUAUACCUGUGCAUGUAUUUCCCUUUCUCCCCUGGUGUCUCUGUGCAGGGUGAGCUGAAGGUCAUGAAGGAACAGCUUCGUCAGAAGGAAGAGCAGCUUCAGGCCAAACAGCAGCAGGCCUCCAUGUUGUCUGCUGAGCUGAGGGACGCGUCCAGCGCCCGCGACCGCACCAUGGCUGACCUGUACCGCAUGAGGCUGGAGACAGACGCCCUGCUGCAGGGGAAGCAGGAGGCCCUGGCACAGUGUGGCCGUCUGGAGCGCCUGGUGGAACAGAUGAAGGAUGACACCCAGCUAGAGGCAGUAAGGAGGACCUUGAUUUCAAUGGCACCCUAUUCCCUAUUUAGUGCUCUUCUUUUGACCAGGAGCCAAAGGGCUGUUUGAAUUUGGAUGUAUACUUAGUUUGCACUCAGUUUAGCUUGGAGUUUGAACUUUUGGGACGAUUCCAUUGGUUCCGUUGUACUGGACAAACUAAAUCAAGUGCAGCUGAUAUAUUUGACAGACUAGAGUCCUGUCCAGGGGAUGUACUGGUACAUCAAGCUGCCUCACUACAGAAACAGGAGAUAGACUAGUGUCCUGUCCAGGUGGUGUACUGGUACAUCAAGCUGCCUCACUACAGAAACAGGAGAUAGACUAGUGUUCUGUCCAGGAGGUGUACUGGUACAUCAAGCUGCCUCACUACAGAAACAGGAGAUAGACUAGUGUCCUGUCCAGGUGGUGUACUGGUACAUCAAGCUGCCUCACUACAGAAACAGGAGAUAGACUAGUGUCCUGUCCAGGGGGUGUACUGGUACAUCAAGCUGCCUCACUACAGAAACAGGAGAUAGACUAGUGUCCUGUCCAGGAGGUGUACUGGUACAUCAAGCUGCCUCACUACAGAAACAGGAGAUAGACUAGUGUCCUGUCCAGGAGGUGUACUGGUACAUCAAGCUGCCUCACUACAGAAACAGGAGAUAGACUAGUGUCCUGUCCAGGAAGUGUACUGGUACAUCAAGCUGCCUCACUACAGAAACAGGAGAUAGACUAGUGUUCUGUCCAGGCGGUGUACUGGUACAUCAAGCUGCCUCACUACAGAAACAGGAGAUAGACUAGUGUCCUGUCCAGGAGGUGUACUUGUACAUCAAGUAACCUCAUGCUACAAAAACAGGUGAUUAAGCUCCUGCCCCUAUGGACUGUUCUGGAUCGGACAAGGUUUACCUGCUCAAAUAUUGGACCGGUCUGAUGUUAACAUGGAGUGGUCUGUCUGGUCUGUCUCUGUCCUCACUGUCCCUCUGUGUGUUGUGGGAGCAGCAGGCUAAGUCUCAGGUGUGCAGGGUGGAGGAUGAGGCAGAGGCUGACCCAGCCACCGUGGCUGAGCUGCAGAGAGAGGUGGAGGACCUGAAGCUCCGGCUGCACAUGGCUGCAGAACACUACAAGGAGAAGUACAAGGAGUGUCAGAGGCUGCAGAGGCAGGUGGUCAAGCUCUCUGAACAACCGGGGGUGAGUGAGACGCACACACACGCACUCGCACACACACACGCACACACACACACAGGCACACACACAGGCAUGGAUACACAGACACACAUACACACACACUCAUCAACAUGUGUCUUCAUAUUGUUUGUGUCUAGGAGCUGAGGAAGAACCCAGCAGCUGAGACCAUGGCCGUCCCUCUGUCUGUCAGUCCAGACACCUCUGUGCCAGGUACACACACAUUCACCUCACAUAUUACUACCAGUGACACCCUGAAUUAAAACAUGUCCUCCUUUGUUGUAAACCUUUCAGGUAUGGUUUACAUGCUAAAUGUUUUAUUUCUAAACCCCUAUCUAUUGAAUAGAGUUGAAUUUGGGGUCAAAAUAAUACUUCCAUCAAACAAGAUGUGCAUUUGAUCCCAGAGAAUAAGACUUGGAAGCAUUAACUAAAACACUUUUUCCAAAGAGGUCCUUGAUGUUAAAACUAUUGAUGGGAUAGUAACGGUCUGACCUGUGUAUCCCCAGGGAGUCCAGGUUCUGCUGACCCCAUGCUGGAGGCCAUCAUCCAGGAGAAACUCAAAGGCUUCAGCAGACAGGCAUCCGACAGGAGCGACAAGUACAGGAAAUGCAAACAGAUGCUGAAUGUAAGAACUCUUCUUGGCUUCCUGUCUGGUGUGUUCAUCAUCAUAUUGUCAGAGUUUUUGCAUAGUCCAUCAGACCAACCAAUCAAUCUACAAAUCUAUCAAUCAUAAAGUGUAGAAAGAGAACACGGUUUCCCCAAGGGUGACCAGAGUGUUGUCUCUAGGAGGAGAAGGAGCGUAGCUACAUGUUGUGACCAGAGUGUUGUCUCUAGGAGGAGAAGGAGGGUGAUAGCAUGACCGUUUUUCCCCACUCCAAAGAGGAGGAAGAGGUUCUGGUUUAAAUAGGAGCAGUCAGUGACCAGAGCGUAGCUACAUGUUGUGACCAGAGUGUUGUUCUCUCUAGGAGGAGAAGGCGCAUAGCUACAUGUUGUGACCAGAGUGUUGUCUCUCUAGGAGGAGAAGGAGCGUAGCUACAUGUUGUGACCAGAGUGUUAUCUCUCUAGGAGGAGAAGGAGCGUAGCUACAUGUUGUGACCAGAGUGUUGUCUCUCUAGGAGGAGAAGGAGCGUAGCUACAUGUUGUGACCAGAGUGUUGUCUCUCUAGGAGGAGAAGGAGCGUAGCUACAUGUUGUGACCAGAGUGUUGUCUCUAGGAGGAGAAGGAGCGUAGCUGCAUGUUGUGACCAGAGUGUUGUCUCUCUAGGAGGAGAAGGAGUGUAGCUACAUGUUGUGACCAGAGUGUUGUCUCUAGGAGGAGAAGGAGCGUAGCUACAUGUUGUGACCAGAGUGUUAUCUCUAGGAGGAGAAGGAGCGUAGCUACAUGUUGUGACCAGAGUGUUGUCUCUAGGAGGAGAAGGAGCGUAGCUACAUGUUGUGACCAGAGUGUUGUCUCUAGGAGGAGAAGGAGCGUAGCUACAUGUUGUGACCAGAGUGUUGUCUCUCUAGGAGGAGAAGGAGCGUAGCUACAUGUUGUGACCAGAGUGUUAUCUCUCUAGGAGGAGAAGGAGCGUAGCUACAUGUUGUGACCAGAGUGUUGUCUCUCUAGGAGGAGAAGGAGCGUAGCUACAUGUUGUGACCAGAGUGUUAUCUCUCUAGGAGGAGAAGGAGCGUAGCUACAUGUUGUGACCAGAGUGUUGUCUCUCUAGGAGGAGAAGGAGCGUAGCUACAUGUUGUGACCAGAGUGUUGUCUCUCUAGGAGGAGAAGGAGCGUAGCUACAUGUUGUGACCAGAGUGUUGUCUCUAGGAGGAGAAGGAGCGUAGCUACAUGUUGUGACCAGAGUGUUGUCUCUCUAGGAGGAGAAGGAGCGUAGCUACAUGUUGUGACCAGAGUGUUGUCUCUCUAGGAGGAGAAGGAGCGUAGCUACAUGUUGUGACCAGAGUGUUAUCUCUCUAGGAGGAGAAGGAGCGUAGCUACAUGUUGUGACCAGAGUGUUGUCUCUCUAGGAGGAGAAGGAGCGUAGCUACAUGUUGUGACCAGAGUGUUAUCUCUCUAGGAGGAGAAGGAGCGUAGCUACAUGUUGUGACCAGAGUGUUGUCUCUCUAGGAGGAGAAGGAGCGUAGCUGCAUGUUUGCUGAUGAGCUGGCCAAGAUGGAGGUGAAGCUGAAGGAGCAGCUGAAGACCAACGACAGCCUGAAGCUGCAGCUGGCAGCCGAGGAGGACCGCUAUAAGGUACAUUGUAGAGCAGUACUACAGACAGGUCUGAGAACAGCUGAGGAGGACCGCUAUAAGGUACAGUGUAGAUUCUGUAGUUACCAGGCUAGGAGGACCGCUACCACGUACAUUGUAGAUUCUGUAGAUACCAGGCUAGGAGGACCGCUACCACGUACAUUGUAAACUAUGUAUAGCAGUACACAGAUCUGAGACCAGCCGACGAGGAUCAUAAAAGGUCAGUAUAGAUUAUGUUGAGCAGGCUUCUGUUUCCUCAAACCCAAAACUGACAGGUAUGGGACCAGGCUAGGAUAAUCACUACCAGGUCAGUGUAGAGCAGGGCUACAGACAGGUCUGGGACCAGGCUAGGAUAAUCACUACCAGGUCAGUGUAGAGCAGGGCUACAGACAGGUCUGGGACCAGGCUAGGAUAAUCACUACCAGGUCAGUGUAGAGCAGGGCUACAGACAGGUCUGGGACCAGGCUAGGAUAAUCACUACCAGGUCAGUGUAGAGCAGGGCUACAGACAGGUCUGGGACCAGGCUAGGAUAAUCACCACCAGGUCAGUGUAGAGCAGGGCUACAGACAGGUCUGGGACCAGGCUAGGAUAAUCACUACCAGGUCAGUGUAGAGCAGGGCUACAGACAGGUCUGGGACCAGGCUAGGAUAAUCACUACCAGGUCAGUGUAGUGCAGGGCUACAGACAGGUCUGGGACCAGGCUAUGAUAAUCACUACCAGGUUAGUGUAGCGCAGGACUCUCCUACUCCAGUCCUGGAGAGCUAGAUACUUCAAGAGAAGCCUGGUCCCAGAUAUGGAUGUUCUAUCCAACCUCCUCUCCCUGUCAUUGUCAUGCCAUGAUCUAGCCUGGUCCCAGAUAUGGAUGUGAUAGUGAUGUAGCCAUCUCCUCUGACUUAUCAUAAGUCAUGCCAAACCACACACAGGUCUGGGACCAGGCUAGAAUCAGAGCAGAUGUUAGGACGGCAAAUAAAUAGAAAAUACUCCAGUUGAAGGCCAACUCCAGUGACAGUUGUGAUAAUGUGCAGAGCCCGUUCAGAGGAAGGCUUUAUUGCUGUUUAUGUAAGUCCUGGAGACCGCCAGGGUCGGACUCUGAAGUUGUGUCCCAAAUGGCACCCUAUCCUUAUAUAGUGCACUUCUUUUGACAAAAGUAGUGCACUAUAUAGAUAAUAGGGUGCCGUUUGGAACACAGCCGCAGAGACAGCCAGGGACAGGGUUGGACUCUGAGGACUCCUCUCCUGUUGCCUGACUAAUGCAGGAGUUGGCAUGUUUUUCCUUAAUACUGAUAGACAUUUAUUUGAUAUCAAAAUAUUUUUCCUCAACGGCCAUAAUCUUAAACUGAUGUGUUCUCCAUGUCUCCCUACGCCCUCCCGACUGUCUCCUGACCGUCUCCUGACCGUCUCCUGACCGUCUCCUGACCGUCUCCUGACCGUCUCCCUCCUUCAGAGUCAGGUGGCUGAGAAGGGGCGUGCGCUGAAUGAACUGAAGGACACCCUGGCCGCUCUGAUGAAGGACAAGGAGAGACUUGAGGAGGUUAGUAUAGUUGGUGAAGUUAGUAAGUAUAGCAACACUACACUAUAGCUUUCAUUUUCUGCCUUUAUAGACCUCUCUGAACUAAAAACACCCCAAAAAGAGCAGCAAUUUUCCCAUAUCCUAAUCUGGCUGGGGUUUAACACAUCUCUAAUUGGUGAAGUAAAGCAAAGUGACUUCUCAUUUUCCAUUCAAUUACUCUGAACCACAGAGAAGUCCAGAUUGGGCCCGGGGAAUCUGCUGAAGGGGAGCUAGCUAGCGGACGCAUUCGUCACUAAGAGUAACAAAACGACCCAAUUUGAGGUUGAGACUGUCAAUUAAAUUGGCGUCUGCUUCAAACUUCCAGUAAAACACAAACCUUCCAUUGCCUUUGAAAAUGAGAGGAUAUUCUUUUUUAAUGAAUGACUAAUUAAACUGUUUUUUGAGGGAGAAGGGGAGAGAGAGACGGUGCGAGAGAGAGAGGGACGGAGAGAAGGAUGGCGAGACGGGGAGAGAGAGAGACAGACGGGGGAGCGAGACGGAGGGAGGGAAAGGGGAGGGAACCGAGGGGGGGAGAGAGUGAGGGGGGGGGACCAAGAGGGGGAGAGAGAGAGAGAGAGGGGGACCGAGUGAGGGACCAAGGGGGAGAGAGAGGGCCGAGGGGGAGAGAGAGGGAUCAAGGGGGAGAGAGAGGGCCAAGGGAGAUGGGGACCGAGAGGCGGAACGAGGCAGGGAGAGAGAGAGAGAGGGGGACCGAGAGAGGGACCAAGGGGGGGAGAGAGAGGGACCAAGGGGGAGAGAGAGGGACCAAGGGGGAGAGAGAGGGCCGAGGGGGAGAGAGAGGGACCAAGGGGGAGAGAGAGGGACCAAGGGGGAGAGAGAGGGCCGAGGGGGAGAGAGAGGGACCAAGGGGGAGAGAGAGGGACCAAGGGGGGGGGGGGGAGAGGGCCGAGGGGGAGAGAGAGGGACCAAGGGGGGGGGAGAGAGGGCCGAGGGAGAUGGGGACCGAGAGGCGGAACGAGGCAGGGAGAGAGAGAGAGAGGGACCGAGGGAGAGGGAGAGAGACCGACCAUAGUUCUAGGAGCUGCUGUGAGGUGGUUGUGGCCAGUCAUGUAUUGACUAUCCUGGAGAGGAUGGACAUAGAAAUGUAGCUGAAGUUAGAUCUGUAGCUAAGUCUUUUCUUCUUAGGAGCAGCUACACUUUUAGAGUGACGUUUCAGGUGUGGUACUUCUUAGCAUCAAAAGAUAAUAUUUACAAUAUAUGAACAAUAUGAAUACAUUUCCUCCACAAGAUAGCACAAUUCUGUUAGAGAAAAUACAAGAUCAGUUAUUUUAAAGGAUUCCCUUUCCAAUCAUAAAUGUAUAAUAAUAUAAUCUAAUAGUUUCCGUUGUCUUGUCUGUCCCCACCAGGAUCUCCAGAAGAGCGGUGGUGGUGGUGGUAAGAAGACGGAGGCUGUAGUGUCAGAGGAGAUGAGCAUUCAGUCUGUGUUCCUGCAGUAUCCCCUGCCCUACCCCCAGGACGCCCCCACUCCACUGCUGGUCCCCCAGAGCCCUACACAGCUGCACUUUGGGAACCCUUACUCCACCUCAGAUGCAAGAGGUUGGUUCAGAUUCAUUCAAUUGCUAUUCAUUUCAUGUAUCAUUUCUUGUAGCUUCUUUCUGGAAAACCUGGGAAUUUUGGGAAAGGUAUCUGAAUUUUGAAACCCUAAUAUGCUUACAUUCCUAUUGACCUUUGACCCUCUCUUUUCCCUCACUCUAGAUGGAGCGGACGGAGAGUUCUCUGAUGACCUGCUGCCUCGCUUGCCCCCUGUGGGCCCCCCCUCCUGGGAUAGUAACGUAGUCUGCAUCCAGCCUGCACGCAACCUCAGCCGGCCCGACGGCCUGGAGGACCCAGAGGAGCAGCAGAACAACAACAACAAUGUGAGUUAGCUAGUCUGAAAACAACAAUGAUAGUUAGCUAGUCUGAAAACAACAAUGAUAGUCAGCUAGUCUGAAAACAACAAUGAUAGUUAGCUAGUCUGAAAACAACAAUGAUAGUUAGCUAGUCUGAAAACAACAAUGAUAGUUAGCUAGUCUGAAAACAACAAUGAUAGUUAGCUAGUCUGAAAACAACAAUGAUAGUUAGCUAGUCUGAAAACAACAAUGAUAGUUAGCUAGUCUGAAAACAACAAUGAUAGUUAGCUAGUCUGAAAACAACAAUGGUAGUUAGCUAGUCUGAAAACAACAAUGAUAGUUAGCUAGUCUGAAAUCAACAAAUGGUAGUUAGCUAGUCUGAAAACAACAAUGGUAGUUAGCUAGUCUGAAAACAACAAUGGUAGUUAGCUAGUCUGAAAACAACAAUGAUAGUUAGCUAGUCUGAAAACAACAAUGAUAGUUAGCUAGUCUGAAAACAACAAUGAUAGUUAGCUAGUCUGAAAACAACAAUGAUAGUUAGCUAGUCUGAAAACAACAAUGAUAGUUAGCUAGUCUGAAAACAACAAUGAUAGUUAGCUAGUCUGAAAACAACAAUGGUAGUUAGCUAGUCUGGAAACAACAAUGGUAGUUAGCUAGUCUGAAAACAAAAAUGGUAGUUAGCUAGUCUGAAAACAACAAAUGGUAGUUAGCUAGUCUGAAAACAACAAUGGUAGUUAGCUAGUCUGAAAACAACAAUGGUAGUUAGCUAGUCUGAAAACAACAAUGGUAGUUAGCUAGUCUGAAAACAACAUCAACAACGUGAGUUAGUCAGUUAGUCUGCUUUAAAGAUAGACCAGAGGAGGCUGGUGAGGGGAGGACGGCUCCUAGUAAUAACUGGAAUUGAAUAAAGUGAACAUUAUGAAAGCAUGUUUGAUUUGAUACUGUUACCUUAAUUCCAGCCAUUACUAUGAGCUGUCCUCCGAUUUUAAAGUGACACCAGCCUCCACUGAGGUUCACUCAGUGAUAUGUUGCAUCAUACACAGUGGGAUGAUUUUCUGCUACAGCAGUUGUGUGUGUGAUAGUAUUUCUGAAGUAGUUUUCUACCCUCCACCACAGGGCAAUGCCAAUGAACAGCCUGCAGCAACUACUGAACCCCACAGCCCAUUCUUAAAUGAUGGACAGACUCCCUUUUGCUUUGAGGCCAGGUAACACAAACAAACACACACACACACACACACACACACACACACACACACACUGAAGGCCUGAGCUCCCCAAAAUGCAUUGAAGUUGGUCCCUCUCACCCCAGCACAGCAGCUUCCCAGCUCCAACCUGUGUAUAUCAUGAUAACAUGUGUAAAGUCUUUGUUCUUUAAUGUAGGUGUUAACAUGAGUGGCCCAGCCCAGCUAGCGGCCCACCCACGUAGAGUAGACCUGACAGAUGGCCUUUAUUAGCCUGUUAGCUGUCCUGCUCUGCUCCCCUCUGCCAACAUCAUCACUUGGCUGCUCAUUAACACAACGCUCUCUCAAUACCUUCUCUCUUUGUUGCUCUCUCAAUACCUUCUCUCUUUGUUGCUCUCUCAAUACCUUAUCUCUUUGUUGCUCUCUCAAUACCUUCUCUCUUUGUUGCUCUCUCAAUACCUUCUCUCUUUGUUGCUCUCUCAAUACCUUCUCUCUUUGUUGCUCUCUCAAUACCUUCUCUCUUUGUUGCUCUCUCAAUACCUUCUCUCUUUGUUGCUCUCUCAAUACCUUAUCUCUUUGUUGCUCUCUCAAUACCUUCUCUCUUGGUUGCUCUCUCAAUACCUUUUCUUUGUUUCUUUCCAUCACUCUUUCCUUCUAUUUCCAUCACUCCUUCCUUCUCUUUCCAUCACUCCAUUCUCUCUCCCCUCUGUGCAGUGUGAACGUCCAAAAGCGCUGUCCGCUGUGUGAGUUGAUCUUCCCGCCCAACUACGACCAGAGUAAGUUUGAGGAGCAUGUAGAGAGCCACUGGAAGGUGUGCCCCAUGUGCAGCGAGCAGUUCCCCCUCGACUGCGACCAGAAGAUCUUCGAGAACCACGUGCUCACCCACUUUGACACCAACGUGCUCAACUUCGACUAAAAACCAUAUCCACUACACCCUUCAGUUUCUGUCAGUCGCUACUGAAAUUAAACUGCCUUGCACUCUCUUUCCCCUGCCACCUGUAACAGGUGUGACGAUCUCAUUCCGAUUCACUUUUAGGACCGUUGACGUUUUGAUUAGCGUAUUUUAUUAACUAAGGAAAAGGUCUAUAUAUUGGGUGGUGUGAUUGGUUCUCCAUUAAAACCAUGUGCUCUGAUUUCAUGUAUAUUUCAGACCAGAGCUAUCAAUCUGUGUGAAUCAGAACGUCUUUAAUAAUAGGUUCUUUAACAUGAAGUGGCUGAUCAAGAUUCUAUUAGUGGGAUAUGAUCGAUGAUGAUGUGAAGUACUAUGUCAUCGCUGUACUUCACCAGUCUCAGACACUACUAGACUAUGUAAAGUCAGGGAAAGUAGGCUACAUCAGGCGUUUACCAAAACAUACAUUUGAACUGUUCCAACCAAAAUGCUUUCCCCUGAGCUUCAUAAUAAAAUUCAGGUAUUCAUUCUUUUUUAGAAAGCAGCCGCCUCGGUGCACUAUAUGCAGACAGACGGGACAAAUCAUUGCUUCUAAACCUGAUUAUUGUAUUAUCUUUAAAUAAUCUAUUUUAGAAUAAUCUUUUAAAAGCCAACAGUGUUGUAUAAGCUUUUGCAAUAUGUGUAUGUAUGGUUAGAAAGAGCUGUCAUAUUUUACUGUUAGUUGAUUUUCAGUUUCUUUCGAUUCUCAUUAUUUAAUUAUCCACCGGUUUGGUUGUGUCUGGCUAAAGAAGUCAUGCUUCACCUAUCGCUACUGAUUAAAAUGCAUGCCAGGAUUCUGUUAGAUGAGAAACUAUUAUUUUGUUAUUUACGUUAUUUGCUGCAAGUUAUUUCACGAUCAUAGAAAACCUUUGAUUUCUUUGUGUGAGUCCCAUGUAAUGAAAUCUGAACUAAUAAAGUCUGUUUGGAACAAUGUAGCGUAUCAGCCUAUAAUAUACCCAGUCAGUUUAUUCAAUACCUUGUGCACAUACAUACUCAGUCAGGGCUCCUUUGUAAAACAGACCUUGGUCUCAAUGUUACUCCCUGUUUAAAUAAAG